CACUCCAUAAAUCUAAAGACCAAAAAGUAGAAAGUAGAAACCUCCCACACCCACUUGCCAUUUCCUUCUCUCUUUCUAUAUAUACACACACACUAUUACUAAUCCAAAAUUAAACAAAACGCGCUUUUCUUUCUAAGCAGCUUCGUUACCCACCCACCCACCAAACAUGUCGCUGCCGGAAUGCUCAGUGGAGCAACUAACACAGUUCAUCGGCCCAAACGCAACAAACGCAGAAGCUGCCGCUCAGUUCAUCUGCAGCCAGUUCUCCGCGGUGGGAAAUAAGUUCAUAGACACACAAUUCGCGGUGGACAACACUUACCUUCUAUUUUCAGCUUAUCUUGUUUUCUCUAUGCAACUUGGUUUUGCUAUGCUCUGUGCCGGUUCAGUUCGAGCCAAAAACACCAUGAACAUCAUGCUCACAAACGUUCUUGACGCCGCCGCCGGUGGUCUUUUCUACUAUCUCUUCGGUUUCGCCUUUGCUUUCGGCGGACCCUCCAACGGCUUCAUCGGAAAACAUUUCUUCGGUCUUAAAGACGUUCCAACCGAAGCUUUUGAUUACAGUUAUUUUCUCUAUCAAUGGGCUUUUGCCAUAGCAGCCGCUGGCAUCACCAGCGGCUCAAUCGCGGAACGAACUCAGUUCGUUGCGUAUCUUAUUUACUCUUCUUUCCUCACAGGAUUUGUUUACCCUGUAGUUUCUCAUUGGUUCUGGUCCGGUGAUGGUUGGGCUAGCGCAACCAACACCGGAAACCUUUUGUUCAGCACUGGAGUCAUCGAUUUUGCUGGCUCCGGUGUUGUUCAUAUGGUUGGUGGUGUUGCUGGUCUCUGGGGAGCACUGAUUGAAGGUCCGCGAAUCGGACGGUUCGAUCAUUCUGGUCGAGCCGUCGCUCUUCGCGGACAUAGUGCUUCCCUUGUUGUUCUUGGCACCUUCAUGCUUUGGUUUGGUUGGUAUGGUUUCAACCCUGGUUCCUUCACUAAGAUUCUCAGUCCUUAUAACUCAGGUAAUUACUAUGGACAGUGGAGUGCGGUGGGUAGGACGGCGGUGACAACGACGUUAGCGGGAUGCACGGCGGCGCUGACAACACUUUUCGGGAAAAGAAUUCUCUCCGGUCACUGGAACGUUACCGACGUAUGUAACGGUUUAUUAGGCGGAUUUGCCGCAAUAACCGCCGGGUGCUCCGUCGUGGAACCAUGGGCAGCAAUAGUUUGUGGCUUUAUAGCAGCGAUAGUUUUGAUCGCGUGCAACAAACUCGCGGAAAAGGUCCGUUACGAUGAUCCAUUAGAAGCAGCGCAACUACACGGAGGAUGUGGCGCGUGGGGUAUAAUAUUCACAGCUUUGUUUGCAAAAGAAGAGUAUGUGAACCAAGUUUAUCCGGGUAAACCGGGUCGACCCUAUGGGUUAUUUAUGGGUGGUGGAGGGAAGUUAUUAGGGGCACAUGUGAUUCAAAUAUUGGUUAUUAUUGGUUGGGUUAGUGCAACAAUGGGUCCUUUAUUUUAUAUUUUGAAUAAAAUGAAGUUGUUAAGGAUUUCAGCUGAAGAUGAACUUGCGGGUAUGGAUAUGACCCGACAUGGUGGAUUUGCUUAUGCUUAUGAAGAUGAUGAGUCACACAAAAAUGGGAUUCAAUUGAGGAAAGUUGAUCAUAACUCUUCUUCUACUCCUACUCCAACCACAAAUUCAUGAUGAUAUGAUAUUAUAAUAAUGAUUUAAUUUUGUUUUGGAUUUUUCUACUUACUACUUCUUCCGAUCCUAAAUAUAAGAGAAAUUUUACUUUUUAGAUUCAUUAAGAAUCUAAUGUAAUAUUUGAUUCAUAAUAUGAGUCUAAUACAUUAGAUUCUCAAUAAAUUUAAAAAAUAAAUUUUCUCUUAUAUUUAGAACUAAAGGAAGUACUAUUUUUUAUUUUCUAGGAAGUAGUAGAUUUCUAGAUCUAGAUGUUGAUAUUUUAAAUUGUACGGACAUUUUAAUUUACUAAAUUUUUAUUGGUCGUUCAUGAAUUUGUGUUAAAGGAUAGAUCCAAUUGGAGAAUGGAGAUAGUGUGAAAAUUUGGGUGGGUAGUUGUUUGUUGACUAAUGUCAUGUUGUCAUGUUGGAAAUGACAAGUGGCAGUAAAAAUAUUGGUUCUUGGAAAAUGAUGAUGAUUCGGUGGUGUUGUUGCCUCACAAGAUUGUGAUAUUUUUUAUUAGGGAGUUUUAAAUUUUGGAUUUUAAUUUUAUGCUUGUAAUAAUCUUUUUAUGAAUUAUUAUCAUGUAAAUUCUAAGGAAGUGCUUUCUUGCCUCACUCAUUCAGAAAAAACGGCUUAUAUUGUUAUAUGCUUGAGUCAAGUCAAUUGUGUAUGAUUUGAGAAUUGAGUAUAAAAUACAUAGAUAUUGAUCAUUGGUUCAUCA